UAUAUCAUCACCUAUGGCUUCUUCGGACUCGCGCGGGAAGAUCGGCCUCGUCGAUCUUACACCAGAUGUCAAGGAUGCGAUUGUCGACAUCGUUUUUGUCCACGGAUUCACCGAGGAUCGAAUGGCAACAUGGACCAAGUCCACCAUCAUGUGGCCACGCGACAUCCUGGCCCAGGACGGACGCAUGAAGGAAGCGCGCAUUUUCACUUGGGGAUAUAAUUCCGACACUGCCGAUUCCUCCACCAAAACUGCCCAGGAAUACACUCUCGCCAACGCUGGCAAUCUGUGCGAGGAACUGGGCUGGCACAGGGACAUGGAUGGGACGGUGUGUUGCUCAUCCCCUUCUAGAACACCAUGAAGAGAGGACCUGACCAUCUUU